AUGACGAGACUGGUUGAGAUAGCACGAGCCUGCCUCAACAGAGCAGUAGUGGAAGCUGAGAAUGCGUGGUUGGCCAGGAGGGCCGGUCGGCUGCUGCUGACGUUAUUGGGCGACUUAGUGCUGUGUAAAGUUGUUAAGAAGCAGAGAGUCCAGUUCAGGAACGUGCUGUCGGAGGCUGCGCUCGUUGCAG